UGAUUGAAAUGAAGAUAUGCUGAGCAUGUUCGCCAAAGAAAAAGACCCGAUACCAGCCGAAGGUUGUCGUACGAUGUUUUAAUAAUAUAAAAACAAACGAACGAACCGCACAUGUUCAUUACUCUAAAUGAGCUCGAGUUCCCAAGUCAUACAGUCUUCCGCCUCAGUAUGUUUCAAACCCCGAUAAAAUUACCAGUGUUCCUACCAAAAAUUCUACAACGAGUAUUAUUCUGCCUCAUGGCCGGUGCGUUAAUGUUGUUAUUUGUGGCAUCCCCAACCGAGAACAAUGACAUGCCUGCCAACUUUAAGCCAUUUCCAUGUUUUAUGGAUGCGGACGAUGACAACACAGAUGAUAGCAUCAUAAGACUGGAGGAUGUGCUCCGUGCAGAUGUGAAACCCACGCAAGGGAAAAACAUAUUCUUCCACGAGACGAGUUGUCAUCCGCCAGGAUCGAAGUACAUCAUGAACUUGACAGCCAGACAGGCGUGUUCCAUUGAAUCGGCAGCAUUGCACAAUCCAAACUUUGAGGUAUUUGUGCUCUUUGCAAGUCCCACCUAUCUACCUGGAGCUGAAAGGCCUAAGUUACCACUGAUUGAGGCUCUUCAAAGCUACGAGAAUGUGCAUUUGCGUCAAUUGAAUAUUUGGCGCUAUUCGAAGGGCACACCAGCCGAGGAAUGGGUCAAUAAAGGAGAUCUGUUUGAUUCAAGCUAUUUGAAGGAACACGUCUCGGAUUAUCUGCGUAUGUUGAGUCUCUAUCGCUUUGGCGGAGUCUACUUAGACAUUGAUGUUGUCGUAUUGCGUAGCAUGGAAAAUAUUCCAUUGAACUAUGUGGGAGCAGAGGAGCCUGGUGCGCUAUGCAAUGCAGUCUUUAGUCUGGAUUCCACGGGCAUAGGACACGAGAUUGCCGAACUAUGCUUAAAAGACUUUCAAGAAAAUUUCAAUGGACAAGGCUACAUCUCUAAUGGGCCCAGUUUAGUUAUGGAAGUGACAAAAAAAGUUUGCAACUCCACAUCGAUCGAGCAAAUUGUGGCAGAGCAGAGAAAUUGUAACGGAUUUCAAGUAUUCAAUACGACGGCAUUUUAUCCGAUUCCUUGGCCAGCAUGGCGUCGAUUCGUUGAGCCGCAAUAUCUCAAUGAAACAUUAGAACAGACAAAGGAUUCGUAUUUAAUACAUUUGUGGAAUAAGGUGUCAUAUGAGAUGAAAUUUAAAAAGGGUGAUGACACUGCCUACGGAAAGUAUGCGCAAGAACACUGUCCCAAGGUCAAUGCGGCAGCUGACGAAUACUUUUAAAUAUCUAUAAGUGCCGAAUAUUCUUCAUUGUGCGGUAGGCAUAGAAAAUAAUUGUAAGCUAUGUAUUAAUUAAUAAUAAUUACAAUAGUUACUAAGUAGGAAAACACUUAUGACCAGCAGUAGAAGUUCAAACGUAGCCGGCAAAUAUAAUAUUAUUUGACAACUUCUCACCUUAAAUGGCCAUUGCCAUUAAUUAAUUAAUUUAUCCUAAUUUCCCUAUUUUAAAAUGUCUAAUCGUUUGCAGCGAUACCACAUUUGACUGUUUGACUAAUAUAAAUAACUAUUUGGUUAUUUAAUGUCACUUAAGAAUUCAACUUUAUUAGUUUUGCGCGCAUUGAAAGUUAAGCUUAUACACGCCAUACAUAUUACUCCUAACACUGUUAACUCAAUAGCUCUGUUAACUCCACACGCAAAUGUUACAGUAUUCAUCACGGGAACUGUGACUUUGUUCACUAAAAUACUAAUGUGAUAAUAUGAUGGGGGCAUUGAAAUUUGUAUGAAAAGACUUAAACCUUUCUGUAAUGAAUAUAUUAUUAUUAUUACACACCCAUUGUUGAAAUUAAAAAUAUGUAUUGAAUACAUGGUAUUUUUUAAUAUACUAAUCUGAGCUGCAAGCAGCUGAUUCUGUUAUGUAGCACAGCUGUUCAACUUGCAUCAAACAGUUUUGUUGCAUAUCUUUGAUCUGCGUUUAAAAUUAACUAAUAGUGCUAUUUAAAUAAUAAUUUUAAUAAAAAUUAAUAAGAUGGAUGAUUGCAAAAUGUACUUCACGAACAGAAAAUUGUCGUUACAAAUGUAUUACAGCAACCUUGAAUUGCAGGCUGUUAAUUACAUUCCAUAAAAAUGUAACCAUUACAUUGCACUGUUCGAUUGCAGCUAUAUUUUAUGAUGACAUUAACUGCCAAUGAAUAAGCUACUGUCUUUAAAUCACUGAGUGAGCAUAGUCUUAUAACAACAAACCCCGCUUAUACAGCAUCAUCAUUAUCAUCAUGUUAUGGCGCCUGAACUUGUUAUUAGCGCGUGUACUACAUUAUGGACGAUUUCGUCUGCUUCUUUCGACGCUUAUACUGUUGCUUUUACUUGGCAUUUUACUGACUUAUCGCUGGCGAACUGAUGCUCAGCUUUGUUUUAUGGAAACGCCAGCAGCCCAACAGCAACAGCCAGUGAAUAU